AUGCGUCUGGUAGUUUUACAGUUCCUGGCUGGAUUUUUUGGAGCUCUAAGCUCAGUGUUCCUCCUGGGAUCUCUUGGGUCUGAUUACUGGCUUAUGGCAUCUGAAUCUUGUGGAGAUGCUGCACUUUUCAAAUUAUGGAAAGUCACAAAGGAUUUCUCUCAAGCACAACCAGACAGUAGCAAUCAGGCUGAAAACUCCCUUCUGCUCUACCAUGAGGGUCUUUUUUGGAGAUGUUCCUACCAUAGGGGUUCAAGUGGAGAGCAGGGCAGCAUACUGGCUUAUUUAAUAACCAAUCAACCUUCCCAGAAGGUCUGCGUGCCAGCCUACUUGUCUCAUGCUCCGGUUUCUGGACUUCCUAAUAGUGUUCUAACCUCAGACUCUGCCACAGUGCAAAGGGCCUUUUGGUGUGUAAUAUUUGUGCUGGGUGUCAUCUUGGUUAUUACUGGUGGGUUCAUCACAAUUUGUGCAACCCCAGGGACCAGCCAUCGCCUUUAUGAGACUGGAGGGGCUCUCUUUAUAACCGGGGGUAUCUUAAUCAUGUCUGUAGUGAUGCUGUUUGCUGUGUGGGUGCAGGUCUCAGACUCUUUAGAGCGGUACGGCCUCCAGCGCAGGCGCUUAGUGUGCCCCAGUCUGCAGCUCAGUGUGCACUAUGGUCCGUCUUUUAUGCUGGCUCCCACUGCUGCCUUCCUCUGCCUGCUCACUGGCCUGCUUCUCCUGCUUAUUCCAUCAGUCAGCAAAGCAUCAGCCAGAGACACAGAGAAUCAGCCAUUCUCACUGCGAGAGGAAUGCGUGUAG